GAAAAAGGUUGCUCCUCAAACUGCCUGGAAUUGAAGGUCGCAGCUACCAAGCUCUUAAUGUUGAGGCCAUGAAGCCCAAGUUCCUAAUAAUACUGUUGAGGCCUAGCGAGCCCAUUCCAUAUUCAAAGACUCUAAUCCCCUAGACUGAGCCUGCCCAAGACCUGAAUCCAGAUCCAAGAGCAUGCCACUCGUUUGGCACCUGCCUUUCUUCUCUCCACACCGACCCUGCGAAGAAGCCUGCAGCCUGAGGCAGGAAGGCGCACUACGCCCACCCAACUGACGAGUAAAAGAAGAAGGCCAAUGGAGACGACGACAGACGAAGAAAGGGAAGCAAAAAUAGUAGAAUUGGAGGCGGCGGCGGCGUCUGAAAUAGAAUACGUGAGCUAUGGUGGUGAACAUCACUUACCCCUUAUCAUGAACCUGGUGGAUCAAGAACUUAGCGAACCCUACUCCAUCUUCACCUAUCGCUACUUCGUCUAUCUAUGGCCCCAACUCUCUUUCCUCGCAUUCCACAAAGGCAAAUGCGUGGGGACAGUGGUUUGUAAGAUGGGAGAGCAUCGCAAUACUUUCAGAGGUUACAUUGCGAUGCUCGUCGUCCUCAAGCCUUACAGAGGCCGAGGCAUCGGUGACUAUAUAUACUUGCUUAUAUACCCCAUCUCUUUUUCUUUACUUUUCUUUUCUUUUAAUCUAGUUUGUUGUCAAUUCCUGUUAGAAAAUGGCAUCAUAGCCACUCUUUGACACUAUUUACAUCACCGCACCCACAUAUUUGCAACUACUACUAAUUUAUUAACAAACAAUCAAGUGUCGUGCAAUGGAAUUAUUAUAUCAACUUCUCGCAUUGUUAGGCAUUCUUAUACAUUCACACCAAUUGAUUGAAUCACAACAUAUCGAUACCACCCAUUAAUGCGUGAACCUACAAGUGUAGCCGUGAUAAUUUUUUAUGUGUCACAACAAAAUCAAUGUGUUUGGGUGUAAUGAAGAUGGAAGCAGACCAAUAUGUUUCCAAUCUAUGUAAUUAUGAUUCUGAAUGCUUAAUGCAUCUGGAAGUGUUUCUAUAUCUGCCAGCAUCCCAUUCAAUUAAACUCUCCGACAAAUUUGUUGCCUACAUUUGCUAUGAAGAUGAACUAUUGCAGAUGGCUGUGACUAUUGAUAUGAAGCACUUUUGCUACACUUUAUGGCUACAGAACUUGUUACCAGAUCUAUUAAAGUGAUGAUGGAAUCCGGUUGUGAAGAGGUGACAUUGGAAGCAGAAGUGACAAAUAAGGGAGCACUUGCAUUAUAUGGCAGGCUUGGGUUUAUCAGAGCAAAAAGGCUUUUCCGAUACUACUUGAAUGGAGUUGAUGCUUUCCGGCUGAAGCUAUUAUUUCCCCGACCAGAGUUACAUUCCCCUCAGCUCACGAGGGCUACAGGGGAUGAGAGCGGGUGGCAUAAAGAUAGUAGACAAACAGAAGAGAAUCCUUUUCUUCUAUAAAGCUUGUGAUCAAAUUUUUUCUUGUCAUAAAAAUGUCUUACAGCCCACAGACUUGUCAAUUGUAUUUGUGGAAUCAUGACGAUGUAUUCUAUUAUCAAUUUGCU